ACAGUACACAAGAUUAGGUCUCACAUUUUCUUCUCUCCGCACCUGGGACCUACAUGCCGUCGUUAUGAAGCACAGAGUGAGAUUGUGUGUGCUGGUGGUGCUGGUCCUCCAGCUUUGUGCUCCAGGAAAAGGACAGGAGCUCAAUCCAGAUGAGGUUCUGUUGUUCUGUGAUGACAAAGAUGUGGAAGGAGCUGUGAACUUGGCCCUUCUCAAGUUCAAUAACAAGCUUCCCAAUGGAAAUCAACUAGCUCUCUACCAGAUUCUAGGGGCCACAAAGGCUCAAAGUGACUCAGGCACUCAGUACUUUGUGCAAUUCAAUAGCAGGGUCACUGACUGUCCAGCAGAGGAAAAGAAAGCCUGGAAAGACUGUGACUACCUUCCCAGUGGGAACAAGGUGCCAAGCCUUUGUAAUGCAACAGUUCACAUGUCAGAGAAAGAUACAAAUGUCCAGGCAGUUUACUGUGACCCAGGGGAGGCCCCAGUUGUUUUUGAACACCGCAAAUGUCUAGGUUGUCCUGAAGAUAUUGAUGUGGAUAAUGAGGAUCUAAAGGCACCUGUGACAUACUCCAUUGCCAAGUUCAAUGCUGAGUCUGUCUCCAGCCAUCACUUUGUCCUGAACAGUAUUAGUACAGCUUCAAGACAGGUGAUUGCUGGAUUAAGGUACAGGCUGACGUUCGAUAUGUGGAAAAGCAAUUGCUCCAAAGCGGAACACAAAGAGCUGAGCGAUGAAUGUCUUCCCAAUAAUCAGGAUGUGGAAUUAGCCUACUGCAAUUCAACAGUAGAUGUGGCACCUUGGAGGCAUGAGACCGCACAAGCAAAUUUGGAGUGUGAUCAGGGUCCAGUUCCUAGUAUCUUAAGAAGAAGGCCUCCUGGAUGGUCUCCAUUGAGGAACAUCCACAAUUUUGCUGAGGUGACCCCAGUACCUACUGCUGCUGUCAAAGACUCAUCGGAGGAGUCUCAGGAGCGAAGCCCGACAGCCAGUACCAACCCAGCCCUACCCUCUGUGGCCCCUACUUCUGCGGAGAACCCGUUCCACUGCCCCUCCAAGCCAUGGAAGCAGUUUGUCCCCCCGACAACCCCCAACAUCGUACAGGAGGAAACCACAGCUUCGCCAGCAGACAACUUCACAGAUUCUGACCUGGUGGGGGGAAAAUAAGUGCUUGCAGUGUUGUGCAUUUUUAUGCACACCUGCUGAUCUGAAAUAAAAAAAUGUGCAUGCUUUUAUUACUGAAUAUUAACAAUGCAGUUCAAUCUAGUGUAUACCCUGAAAUGAAUCCAAGGGCAUCUUGAUUGUUCAGCAAUUUGAUAAAAAAAUAAUACUAAUUGUAUUC